AAAUCCGCUAAUCCAAAAAUAAAUUGGGAACCGUCAACUGGUACACGGACUACACAUGAACUGUUCGCCUCCCUCGAAUUCCAUGGCUCAAUUCAUAGCUUUCUAAAGCAGCUUUAGCUUCGCAUCUUCUCACAACCAGAUUGUUUUAAAUUAGUCUGCAUUUAAAGAUCUUGAUGUCAAGAACUCGUAACAUAAUGGUUGCAACAGGCUUGGUAGCUUUUGCAAGUGCAGGUUUAGCUUUUCCCUUUUACAUGGCGACUAGAUCAUCAUCAAAUGCCCCUGUUAUUGAUUCAUCAAAACCAUUGCCACCUCAAGCAACUUUUAGAGGACCUUAUAUCAAUACCGGAUCACGUGAUGUUGGACCUGAUUAUCAGACUUAUUCCAAGAAAUAAUCUUUUUUAGCUUCUUUAUUUUUAUUUUUUAUUAUGUACUGGAUAAGUUUUAACUACAGUAUUUAGAAAACAAUGUACUUUGUUAAAAUGCUUAUAUUAAUAAUAUCAAUCCGUUUGGUUUC